CGUUUUGGUUUUUAAGUUUCUGUAAGCAUACAUGGAGCGCGCUCGGCGACUAGGAAACCGGGCGAUCCUCAGACGUCUGGUUUCCGAUUCGAAGCAGCCGCAGCGCAAUACUUCUUCUUCGCAUACAUCACCAGCGUUAUUCCAUCCGGCAAGGUAUGUCUCCUCACUCUCUCCUUCCGCAUUCCCAGCCGGAACUUCUUCCGGAUUCGAUUCCUUCUCCCGGAGAAAUGCGCCCUCCAGCAUUGGUUUCAAUCUUGGGUCACAGACCCGUUCUAUCUCCCUCGAAUCUUUGAAACCAAGCGAUACAUUCCCCCAUCGUCAUAACUCCGCCACCCCGGAGGAGAAGACCGUGAUGGCAGAAUCCUGUGGAUACCCGUCCCUUGAUUCCCUCAUCGAUGCCACUGUCCCUAAGGCCAUCCGGAUCGAAUCCAUGAAGCUUUCCAAGUUCGACGAGGGAUUAACUGAGAGCCAAAUGAUCGAACACAUGAAGAAAUUGGCAUCCAAGAACAAAGUCUUCAAGUCCUUCAUUGGGAUGGGCUACUACAACACUUUCGUCCCUGCUGUGAUCCUGAGGAACCUCAUGGAGAACCCAGGUUGGUAUACCCAGUACACUCCUUACCAGGCCGAGAUUGCUCAGGGUCGCCUGGAGUCCCUUCUCAACUACCAGACUAUGAUUACCGACCUCACCGGCCUUCCCAUGUCCAAUGCUUCCCUGCUCGACGAGGGAACCGCCGCCGCGGAGGCAAUGUCCAUGUGUAAUAGCAUCCAGAAGGGAAAGAAGAAGACUUUCCUUAUUGCCAGCAACUGCCACCCUCAGACCAUCGAUAUCUGCAAGACCAGAGCUGCCGGCUUCAAUCUCAAGGUGGUCACAGCCCAUCUCAAAGAUAUCGACUACAAGUCUGGAGAUGUCUGUGGGGUUCUUGUCCAGUAUCCGGGCACUGAGGGAGAGAUUCUGGAUUACGGGGAGUUCGUUAAAAAUGCUCAUGCAAAUGGGGUAAAAGUUGUGAUGGCGACCGAUCUCCUGGCGCUGACCAUGUUGAAGCCUCCUGGUGAACUUGGGGUUGAUAUUGUCGUCGGCUCCGCUCAGAGGUUUGGUGUCCCAAUGGGCUAUGGAGGCCCUCACGCUGCAUUCUUGGCCACCUCUCAGGAGUACAAGAGAAUGAUGCCUGGUAGAAUAAUCGGUGUCAGUGUGGAUUCAUCCGGAAAGCCUGCUUUGCGUAUGGCUAUGCAGACCAGAGAACAGCACAUCCGGAGGGACAAGGCCACCAGCAACAUCUGCACAGCUCAGGCGUUGCUUGCAAACAUGGCUGCUAUGUAUGCGGUCUACCAUGGACCUGAGGGUUUGAAAACCAUUGCCCAACGUGUCCACGGUCUUGCUGGGACUUUUGCACAUGGGCUUAAGAAACUUGGGACAGUGGACGUUCAAGGGCUCCCCUUCUUUGACACUGUAAAGAUCAAGUGUCCUGAUGCACAUGCCCUUGCAGAUGCUGCUUACAAGAAGGAGAUGAAUCUGCGGAUUGUGGAUUCAAAGACGAUAACUGUGUCCUUUGAUGAAACUACGACCUUAGAGGAUGUAGAUAAACUGUUUUCAGUCUUUUCAUGCGGCAAGCCUGUGCCCUUCACUGCUGCAUCUCUGGCACCGGAGAUUCAGACUGCAAUCCCACCUCAGCUCACUAGAGAGAGCCCUUACUUGACUCAUCCAAUCUUUAACAUGUACCAUACAGAGCAUGAGCUCCUCAGAUACCUUCACAGAUUACAGUCUAAGGAUCUCUCACUCUGCCACAGCAUGAUUCCCCUGGGAUCUUGUACAAUGAAAUUGAAUGCAACAGUGGAGAUGAUGCCGGUGACAUGGCCUAGCUUCGCAGACAUGCAUCCAUUUGCCCCUGUCGAGCAAGCUAUGGGUUUCCAGGAAAUGUUCGAAGAUCUGGGUGAACUAUUGUGCACCAUCACUGGAUUUGAUUCGUUCUCAUUGCAACCCAAUGCUGGUGCUGCUGGCGAGUAUGCUGGGCUGAUGGUUAUCCGUGCUUACCAUCUGGCAAGAGGAGACCAUCACCGUAAUGUUUGCAUUAUACCAGUUUCAGCACAUGGAACUAAUCCUGCAAGUGCAGCCAUGUGUGGGAUGACAAUUGUUGCUGUUGGAACUGAUGCUAAGGGAAACAUUAACAUCGAAGAGUUAAGGAAGGCUGCCGAAGCAAAUAGGGACAACUUAUCUGCUCUUAUGGUCACAUAUCCUUCCACUCAUGGAGUUUAUGAGGAGGGCAUUGAUGAGAUAUGCAAGAUAAUUCAUGACAAUGGUGGUCAAGUUUACAUGGAUGGGGCUAACAUGAAUGCACAGGUUGGUCUAACAAGUCCAGGUUGGAUUGGAGCAGAUGUUUGCCAUCUCAAUCUCCAUAAAACAUUUUGCAUCCCACAUGGUGGAGGAGGUCCCGGCAUGGGACCCAUAGGUGUGAAAAAGCACUUGGCGCCAUUCCUACCAUCACAUCCUGUGGUGCCUACUGGUGGCAUACCAGCGCCUGAAAAAUCCCAGCCUCUUGGUACCAUUGCUGCUGCACCCUGGGGUUCUGCACUUAUCCUGCCCAUUUCCUACUGCUACAUAGCCAUGAUGGGAUCAAAGGGACUCACAGAUGCAUCAAAGAUCGCAAUCUUGAGUGCAAACUACAUGGCAAAGCGUUUGGAGAACCACUACCCCAUUCUUUUCCGUGGUGUCAGUGGCACAGUUGCCCAUGAAUUCAUUGUUGAUUUAAGAGGUUUUAAGAAUACUGCUGGGAUAGAACCUGAAGAUAUUGCUAAGCGUCUUAUUGAUUAUGGAUUCCACGGACCUACAAUGUCGUGGCCAGUUCCGGGCACACUUAUGAUUGAACCAACCGAGAGUGAAAGCAAGGCUGAGCUCGACAGGUUUUGUGAUGCUCUUAUUUCCAUUAGACAAGAAAUUGCACAGAUAGAGUCUGGGAAAGCUGAUAUUAACAACAAUGUUCUCAAGGGAGCUCCUCAUCCACCAUCACUGCUCAUGGCUGAUACAUGGACAAAGCCAUAUUCACGGGACUAUGCGGCUUUCCCUGCUGCUUGGCUCCGUGCUGCUAAGUUCUGGCCUACAACAGGACGGGUGGAUAAUGUCUAUGGUGAUCGGAAUCUUGUUUGCACCCUUCUCCCAGCAUCUCCGGCCUUUGAAGAGCAAGCUGCUGUUAAUGCAUAAUUGUCAACAUGCACUGGCUGUUACAUGAUUUCCUCAUUGGAAGAAAAAGCCAUCUCAAUCCCUUCCUGUUUAUUGUAUAUAAACAGCUCAUAUUCAUACGCUCAAGCAGUUGCUUACUUUGAAGCUUAAUUAUAUGAUAUUUGAUCAGCUGCUGUUUCCAAUAACACUUGUUUCUGAUCGCAACUCAAGUGCCUGUAAUUACUAGCUC